AUGGCGGCCAAAAACGACAUUCAGCUGAUUGCUGAUGCUGAGAAAGCCACCCCAACCAGCUCGCAUGAUGGCAACUCAGCUACUGCUGGGCAUGACGAGGAGGCGCACCGCGUCGUCACGCGAAGGAAUUCUCCAACGAAGCUUGGAAAUGCAACAGCAGUGUUAGUUUCGGAUACAUGCUCUCCCCUUAUCUUCAGUAACCAAAGGCUCAUAUACGCUGUUGAUCGCAGUGCGCUCGCGGGAUUCCUCCUCUCGUUGAGCCCUCUGAGUUGCAUGCUCAUGGGUUGGCGUGGGGCGGCUAGUAACGGUGCGUCCGCCACUGGUAUGUACAUGUUUGGUGGCGGCGGCCUCCUAUGGUUCGGGGGCAUAGGAGAGUGGAUUGUGGGGAAUACCUUCGCCUCAGUCGUGUUCUUCGCUUUCGGCGCCUUCUGGUUCAACUUUGGCGCAGCGCUGAUGCCUUUUUUCAACGCAUAUGGCGCUUACUCGGAUGAUCCAGGGAAUCCUGGUCUCGGUUUGUUUACAGUUGCGUACAAUUCAGGUUGGGGCUUUGUAACACUGUCUAUGGCAUUCCUGAACGCCAUCUUUCUUGUAUCAUCCUUGCGGACCAAUGUUGUCUUCUUCUUGAUGUUCGCGUGCGUCGUUUCGGCGUUAAGCUUCUUGACUGGUGCCAACUGGCAGAUAUCGAAUGGAGACGAGAUUCUCGCUGAAAAACUCACAGUGGCGGGCGGUGCUUUCUUCCUGGGUGCUUGCGCUUGUGGUUGGUGGUGUUUGGCUUCUAUCUUGCUCACAGCUGUAGACUUUCCAUACCACUUGCCUCUCGGUGACCUUUCAGGUAUUGUGAAAGGAAGAAGUGAGCUACGAAGAGUUCGAGACGAACGCCACUAA